GCGGGUGUUGCGGUGUUCAUUUUAGUAUCAACAGUACUAAACUCCAGAGGUUGUGCAUCAAGGCCGAUAAUGAUUUUGAAUCAAUCUCCUUAGAAAACACUCCUAAAUUGACUGAAGUUUCUGUUACACUGGACAAAGUUGUAAUAGGCCUGGAAACCAAUCCUGAUUCUGAUUUGGUUAAGUUAGUGGAUGGCUUGCCUAGAGUCGAAAUACUUCGGUCUAAAUGGCAAGUUUCUACAGCUCCUAGCUAAAACUCCAGUUCCGCCUAUUCUAUCACCCUCGCCAGACUCUCUGAAGAUUAUUGAAUUCAAAGGUGUAAACUUUAUGAACUUUGAUGAGAUAUCUGUUGUUGUCUGCUUGAUCAGAAGUGCUCCAAAUUUGCAAGAACUUCAUAUUGAGGCUUCUACGGUCGAGCUAAACCAAGAACAAGUCUCUGGUUAUCUAAAACUCCUGGAUUGCACAACUUUUCCCCUUAGCAAACUUCAUCUGGUCAAGUUAACGAAUAUCUCAAGUUUCGUUCCUGAGUUUGAGUUCAUCCAUUUCCUUGUCUUUAGUUCGCCAUCACUUGCAACACUGAGAAUUGAGCGUGGAGCACCCAAAUCUUGAAGCUGUAGUAUCAUUGAAUAUAACCAGGAAGCUGCUCCAGUUUCGGCCACCAUCAACAGUGAACAUAGAUUUCUCGAGGGACAGUAAAACAUAAGUGUCAUAAUGCAUUUUCAGAGAAUUAGCAUUAUGUAAGUUUGAGCAAAGUAACUUGGUUAAGUUCAAAAUACUGAAACAUUCAUGGGUGACUUCAAACCAAUGGAUAGGCACAUUGCUUUUGCUUGUGUUUAGUCCCUGCCUAUAUAUUGAAUAAAAAUAUUUUUCUCAGUAAAUUACAGAAAUGCAAAAGAUACAUGUAAGUGAGACAGCAGAUACUAUUUCUUCGUGUGGUGACAAUUGCAGAUGUGCUUGUUUUAGUAGAAGAUUUGAUUUCAACAUUUCUUUUCAAACAUAAGGUGGCUACAAAGAGUUAACUAAUUGGCAGAAAGCUAGGGACCAGAGUCCAUACCAGAACCAGAGCACA